AGUGAUAUGAAGUGCUCUUGUGACGCUGCACUGUACCAUAACCGAAACUUCUGGAUCUACGCUGUUUCCGCAAUCCUGGGCUUCGCUUUGGCCGCAGCGCUGAACAGCGUUGGUGACGCCGCCGUUAGCAACGCACUUGGUUCUGACAUUGAAAUCUUCGGCAGACAACGUCUCUUCGGCACGCUAAGCUACGGAAUGACGUCGCCUCUCAUAGGAUACUUAGUGGACGUCGCCAGCAGUGAAACCUUUACCGAUUACAGGCCGUGCUUUUAUGUGUUCGCUAGUGCCAUGCUUUUGGACAUGAUUCUCAUCCUCGCCGUCCCUAGGAUGCGCGUCGCCGAAGUCUCCGUCAACUUCUUCAAGGAUAUCGGGCAGCUCUUGUCAAGUCCCGAGAUCCUUCUUUUCACCUUCUUCACAUUCCUAGUGGGAUCCAUGAUGGGCUUUCUCAACGCGUUCGAGACAUGGUUCCUAGAAGACUUGGGAACACCAACGUACCUCAUAGGCCUGACCAAGACAAUUCAGUGCUUCGGUGCUGAACCCGUGCUGUUUUUCCUUUCGGCGUAUAUACUUAGGAAUAUAGGAUACUUCUACUCCUACUCGGUGGCGUUCGUGCUGUUCGCGUGCAAGGUCAUCGGUUAUUCGUUCUUGCGAGAUGUCUGGGGAUCGCUUGCGGUGAACAUUGUUGGGGGAGCCAUUUUCCCGAUGGUGUACGCAGCUAUGGCUGUGUUCGCUAAGAAGAAGGCCAGGCCUGGAACUGCCGCCUCGAUGGUCUGCAUUCUCGGAGCCAACUACGAUGGUCUUGGUUCGGCAGCGGGCAGUCUGGUAGGAGGCCUGAGCGUCGACAAGAUCGGAGCCAGCCUGACCUUCCGCUACAUAGGCUUUUCAUCGGUGGCUGCAGCGCUUCUCAGUGCGCUGUGCUACUUCCUUCUUCGAUAUAUAACGCCGGAAAAACCCGAGCCAUCUACACUUUCGGGCACCUGUGAUUCGCGCUAUUCGCCGAAGCUCGAACACGGAACGCACGUAGAAAACUCGCAAAGCGUUUAG